GAUUCGAUUACGCCGUCCUGGCUGCGACGACCGCUUUCGCCACUUCUCUUUUUUUCCCUACCCCAAAAACCUUCGUGUUCGUUCAAUUUCACGGUUAACCUGCCACCAAAGUCAACCGCGACGAGCGUCCCCGAGCCGUAGUCAAAGAUGAAUCCCGAAUAUGAUUAUUUAUUCAAACUGCUACUGAUUGGAGAUUCUGGCGUUGGAAAGUCUUGCCUGCUGCUUCGCUUUGCAGACGACACGUACACCGAGAGCUACAUCAGCACCAUCGGUGUCGACUUCAAGAUCAGGACCAUCGAGCUGGACGGGAAGACCAUCAAACUGCAGAUUUGGGACACGGCCGGCCAGGAGCGCUUCCGCACCAUCACGUCCAGCUACUACAGAGGAGCGCACGGCAUAAUCGUCGUUUACGAUGUCACCGAUCAGGAGUCGUUCAACAACGUGAAGCAGUGGCUUCAGGAAAUCGACCGCUACGCCAGCGAAAACGUCAACAAGCUGCUGGUCGGCAACAAAUGCGACCUGACCACCAAGAAAGUGGUGGACUACACCACGGCCAAGGAGUUUGCGGACGGCUUGGGCAUCCCGUUCCUGGAGACGAGCGCCAAGAGCGCCACCAACGUGGAGCAGGCCUUCAUGACCAUGGCGGCCGAGAUCAAGAAGCGGAUGGGCCCUGGCGCCGCUGCAAACGCCGGGAACGCCGACAAGUCCGUCAAAAUCCAGAGCAAGCCUGUCAACACCUCGUCCGGAGGCUGCUGCUGAUGCCACGGACACCGGUGAGUGAGCGGUCCAUUAGCCGGCCGGCCGGGGACACGCACGUGUGCAGCGGUGACGGCGCAACGACGGUGGGAGGAGCAGGAGCAUUGAGACGGUGUGUGCAGCUACAAAACCACCGCCACCACAAGAUUUACAACUUUUACCCCGAGUCAGCAAUAGUGCGGAAGCUAGCAGGCCUUCGUUUUCUUCACACUUUGUCGUGUCCACUUUUUAAUUGACACUUUUUUUUUUUUCUUUCCUUUUUUCCAUUCACUUUGUCCGCAUUUCACAAUGCAGCACACGCUUAGCACGCACACGCGUGAUCUGAUCUCGUGCCUUCUGGCUGCUCUUAGCGGAGGCUGACUCGCACCCCCCCAGUGUAAAUAAGUGCUAGCAUGUUGCUAACCAGCUAGCGUGUGCUCCAUUGUGGCCCAGCCAUCUGUAAAGUGUAUAUAUUUAUACAUGACACCAAGUCCAUUAAACCAUGAAGGAGAUGUUUGAUACCACGC